CCAAUGCUUGUUCUUAGUUUGUGCGUAGAAGUUUUAUAGAUAAUUUUUAAAUGUUUUUGAACGAGUAGAGGUAAAUUUAGGGAAUUUUUGUCGCGAUGAUGGAAAUAGAUGGAACGUCCAGCGGAUCCAGUGAUUCGCAUAUCGGGAAUUUUUGCCAUCCCGGUGGUAAUAUCAAUUACUAUUCAGAUAACUUGUAUUUCGCGACUAAUUGUAAAUUAGACAGUUACUUCGCUGGGGAUAAAUUAGUGAAGAAAAUAGAUAGUGUACCUAAGAAAAUAGAAUAUUUUCGCAAAGACGAUUAUUCAAACGGUGUGAACGGCAAAAGUGUUUUGAACAAAAGUGACGUCGGGGGUAAAAGGGUUUUGAGUUAUGCCGAAUGUUUUGAGAAGAAGACGGAAGAUAGAAGGGUGCAAUUGGAUUUUUAUAGUAAUGGUGGUACAGUUACUGCUAAGAAUGAAGGGACUAUUCAGCUAAAUGGUAUUGAUAGUUAUGGGAAGAAAUCUAUGAGCUUUUCUCCAGAUCAGGUGCAAUGUAUGUGUGAGGCUCUUCAACAACGAGGAGAUAUCGAAAGAUUAGCAACGUUUCUGUGGUCUCUUCCGCCAUCAGAACUUCUCAGCGGCAACGAAAGCAUAUUGAGGGCCAGAGCAGCAGUGGCGUUUCACAGGGGUUCCUAUCACGAGCUGUAUUCGAUAUUAGAAUCACACGCAUUUCAAGUCAGGUGGCACGCCGAGUUGCAGAUCCUAUGGUUUAAAGCCCAUUACAACGAAGCGGAGAAGAUCAGGGGAAGACCGUUAGGUGCCGUUGACAAAUACAGACUCCGCAAAAAAUACCCCCUACCGAAAACAAUAUGGGACGGGGAGGAAACAGUUUAUUGCUUCAAAGAAAGAAGUAGAAACGCUUUAAAAGACUGUUAUAGUAGGAAUAGGUAUCCAACGCCUGACGAGAAAAGGGCGUUGGCUAAAAGAACUGGUCUAACGUUGACGCAAGUAUCUAAUUGGUUCAAAAAUAGGAGGCAGAGGGACAGGACGCCACAAUCAAGGCCGGAGCUGAUAAUAGGCAACAUGUCCUUAACCCACCAAAGCAACAUUAUUAACUCAAUGGGCAACCACCAAGGAGGUCUAGACAUGGCAGCUUUCCAGACCGCUACCAAACUCUUUGACCCGAACUGUACCAUAACGUCUUGUUACUCUGACUACCAAGUAGCCUAAAUAAUUGUGAUUUCUAUUGAAUAAAAAAAACUUUUCGUACUGCUGUAAAUUUUUGUAUAAAGAAAUACUAGAUGUGUAAUAUGUUCCUUUUUUUUAAUAAAGAUUUUUAAAAACUGA